GCACAUAAAUAGCCAGUGAAGAGACCACAGCCUUACACUGAAGGCACCAUGCAGGUCCUCCUCCUCCUCCUGGCAGCUGCAGGGCUGUGCUGGGGGCAGUACAACCCCAACACCCUCCCUAAGAGAAACUCUAUCGUGCAUCUCUUUGAGUGGCGCUGGCAGGACAUUGCUCUGGAGUGUGAACGCUACUUGGCCCCUAAUGGAUUUGGAGGAGUUCAGGUUUCACCUCCAAAUGAAAAUAUUGUCAUUACUAACCCGAACAGACCCUGGUGGGAAAGAUACCAGCCCGUUAGCUACAAGCUCUGCACUCGCUCAGGAAAUGAAGAGGAAUUCAGAGACAUGGUGACCAGAUGCAACAAUGUUGGAGUUCAUAUCUAUGUGGAUGCUGUGGUCAACCAUAUGUGUGGGGCUGCAGGUGGCUCAGGUACUCAUUCUACCUGUGGAAGCUACUUUAAUGCUGGAAACAGAGAUUUUCCAGCUGUACCAUACUCUGGCUGGGAUUUCAAUGAUGGCAAAUGUCACUCUGGAAGUGGAGAAAUUGAAAAUUACGGUGAUAUAUAUCAGGUCCGGGACUGCCGCUUGGUCAGCCUGCUGGAUCUGGCCCUGGAGAAGGACUACGUGCGCUCAAAGGUUGCAGAGUACCUGAACCAUCUCAUUGACAUUGGUGUAGCAGGAUUCCGCCUUGAUGCUGCCAAGCACAUGUGGCCUGGGGACAUAAGAGCGUUUCUGGACAAGCUGAAUGAUCUAAAUAUUCAGUGGUUUCCUGAAGGAACUAAACCUUUCAUUUACCAGGAGGUAAUUGACUUGGGUGGAGAGCCCAUCAAAGGCAGCGACUACUUUGGAAAUGGCCGAGUGACAGAAUUCAAAUACGGUGCCAAACUGGGGACUGUGAUCCGCAAGUGGAACGGAGAAAAGAUGGCCUACUUAAAGAACUGGGGAGAAGGCUGGGGCUUUGUGCCUUCCGACAGAGCCCUGGUCUUUGUGGAUAAUCACGACAACCAGAGAGGACACGGGGCCGGUGGAUCUGCUAUUCUAACCUUCUGGGAUGCCAGGCUCUAUAAAAUGGCAUCUGGUUUCAUGCUUGCCCAUCCGUAUGGGUUCACACGUGUGAUGUCGAGUUUUCGCUGGCCAAGAUAUUUUGAGAAUGGGAAGGACAUCAAUGACUGGGUUGGACCCCCAAGUAACGAGGAUGGCUCCAUAAAGCCUGUCACAAUCAACGAGGACACGACCUGUGGCAACGACUGGGUCUGUGAACAUCGCUGGCGCCAAAUCAAGAACAUGGUUAUCUUCCGUAAUGUGGUGGACGGUGAGCCUUUCUCCAACUGGUGGGACAAUGGCAGCAAUCAAGUGGCUUUUGGCCGUGGUAACAAAGGCUUCAUCAUCUUCAAUAAUGAUGACUGGAAUAUGAAUGUCUAUGUACAAACUGGACUGCCUGCUGGUACCUACUGUGAUGUUAUUUCUGGACAAAAAGAGAACGGCAAAUGUACUGGAAAGCAGGUGUUUGUUUCUGGUGAUGGAAUGGCUAAUUUCCAGAUUAACACUGAUGCUGAAGAUCCAUUUAUUGCAAUUCAUGUUGAUGCCAAAUUGUAAUUUGGGAGAAAUGUCCUCCUCUGUUUAGUCUGUAUAUUACUAUUUCCCCCAUAUGUUAUCCCCUUGUUUUUGACCAUGAGUGGCUCUUGAUUGAAUAAUAAAUGGCAUUCAAAUUGA